GUCAUCUUAAGCUUGUCAAUUUUUUGGCGAUAGUAAGAAAAGUGAACGAUUGGGUAGAAAUGUGAAAACAGAAAUGUUUUAUGUUUACCAAGUUGUUGCAAAAUUGAGUAACAUAUAUCUCUGAAAUAGUUAACAUUAAAAUGUCUAACACUAUGGAAGUAAAUGUAUUUAUAAUGAGAGGAAAAAAGUCAGUUUAAAAGAAAUGUUGAUAUUGUUCUGUUGUACUUUAAUGUCAAAAUGUAUAGAACGUUAAUAGUUUUAUUACACUCUUGCCUAUUCUGCGCUGUGUCUACAACACACAUAAAAGGAGAAUUUACGACACAGGAAUAUUUCAAGUUUUUAGUAAAAUUUGGAUUCCAGAAGACAGAUAUUCAUUUCCAGAAGGAAACAUAUGGUUAUAUUUUUGGCAACUUGACGUCAAAGGACAAUUUUAAAUAUCCUAUCACAUUUGCGGUUUUAGAUAGGCCACAUUUCUUACAUUAUUACAAAAGUCGAGAUAUUGUUGAUAAAGAAAUAGCUUGUCAGGUUAUGUUUCAACAAUUAAAUGGUACAGCUUAUCAUCCAAAAUGCAACAAACUAGGACAAGACAUGUUCAGAAGAAUACCUUGCCCCAAAGAUAAACUGUGUGUGGAUGAAGAUACCCCAUGGAAUGUUGUAAAAAACAAUCAAUUUUCCUAUGUUAUAAAGAAUAAUGGACAGCCAAGGUUUUGGUAUGUGUCAAUGGUGGCAUGUUAUUUAGAUGAGGUGACCUGCACUUGGCAUCACUAUAAAGGGGCACCAUCCCCAGACAACACAACCUUAACAAAUAUGCCACAGACUAUACAAUAUGAUUUUUGGCUUGUUAAUGGUAGUCCUAACCUUUCUGUUUAUAAUUCAAUGAUGUAUCAAUUCUCAUUUGAUAGACAAAAUACAUUGGAGCUGUAUCUGUUGUUCUGGCUGUGUUACAUUAUUCUUUUGCCAGUUCAAAUCUAUGCAGUAAGGACACAGAGACAUCCAGUGACUAAAUUGUUUACAUCUAGCUUAGUUCUAGAAUUUGUUGCUCUCUGCUUCAAUGUGGUACAUACAGUAAAGUUUGCAGCAGAUGGAGUUGGAUUUGGUGGCUUGUCUGUAGCUGGUGAUAUACUCGAUAUUAUGAGCAGAACACUAUUUAUGUUGCUUCUUCUUCUAUUAGCAAAAGGUUGGGCAGUGACUCGGUUAGAACUCACAUACAAACCAUUAGUAUUUGGUGUAUGGAUGGUGUAUGGAAUUGUUCACAUUUUACUGUAUGUUUGGAAUACGACUGAAGUGGAUAUAAUAGAAGAGAUCGAUGAAUACCAAACGUGGCCGGGAUGGUUGGUGCUGACGCUACGCGUCGCCAUCAUGACAUGGUUCGUGCUCGAACUCCGGAACACUAUGAUGUACGAACAUAACAUGCCAAAGUUAAACUUCCUCCUACAUUUCGGAGCUUCGAGUCUGGUGUGGUUCGUGUACUUGCCAAUCAUAGCUCUCAUAGCUCUGCAGAUUAGUCCACUGUGGAGAUUUAAAUUUAUUUUAGGGAUAACGUAUUCAGCUGAUUGCUUAGCGUUUUGCGUGAUGGCUCACCUUUUGUGGCCGACACGAUCCGAACAGUACUUACUUCUAGCUCCAUCUAAUUAUACAGCAGGUAUAGAAGAAUUAGACGAGUUCAAUGAGUCGCCGCACGUCGUGCACAGCGACACGGUCGCGCUCACGACGGUCGAAAGCAUCAACGCAGACGACGAAGAAGUUAUAUUUACACGACCACACAAAAAUGGUACAGUUUUUUCAUAGCGAUUCAAAAAAAUAAUUGUGUCGAUACUCAAUUAUGGAUACCUAUAAUCCGGGUAUGCAGAUAUGAAUGAUUUGAAUCGUAUUGAUGGGUCGUCGAUGUCAUAGCGUUUGUACUAAUCGGAGUAUUUGAAAAAAAUCGAUUAUGUGUUAAUAUCGAUGUGCAACUAGUGCUGUUUUUGAGAUGUCAGUGAUACAUCACUCUGUGGUAGGAACUCGCUCGGUAAGGAUUUGUAACAGUAUGUUGCCGCUCGCGUGCGUGACGGUUUUUCAAAUGAAAAAUAUCGCGAAUGGCGAACCUUUACCUUAUACUAAUAAGAUUAUCCUUUGUUUUAUAACAAAUGUUAACACAUUACUCUUUUUUAUUAAAUUAAUUAUUAAUGACAAUUGUGAUGUUUUUAAUACGUAUUGUAAGUAAAUAUUUUAAUUAUUAGUUAGCUCAGUUUUAGUUUAAUUAUAUAUUAUAACCUAAAAAUCUAAAUCUAAUUUGCCAAAUGUUUUAUGUAGUUUAGAUGCUACACAGAAACAGAUAAACACACAUAGACUUCGUUGUAGCCUUGUAACAAUUAUACUGCCUAUUAUAUAAUAUCAGUGUCGAUCAAUUUGUAAAAAUGAACUUUGACAAAUGUUGUUUAGCGGACAUUCGAAAGAAAAAGAAAGGAAUGUUUAGCUAAUCCCUCCCUACACAUAAUUUAUAAGUAAAGCCGGUACUGUAUAAAUGCUUAACUAAAGUAACGAUUGUGAUGGUUGGAGUUAAAUUUAAUUUUCUUGCAUAUGAAAUGGUUUGUACUGGUUAUAAAAAAUAUAUACGUUUUCCUACGUAAAGCAAAGUUGUAUGAAAGUACCGCACGCGGGCGGAAUUGCUGGAGAAUUAAAUAUAUAAGUAGCAGUUGCCUAAAUAAGGCUACAUGAUGAUGCGAAUAAACUAUCAAUAUAAUAUUUUAUUAAAAAAAAAAACUUUAAUUGAGGUUUCAUUUUAGAAUUUUUCUAACUAUGCUAAAUAUUAGUAUACGAUGUAUCUUACUUUUAAAUAUAAGAAAAAAUAUAUUAAUUUCAGAUUCACAAUUUAAAAAAAAGCGAAUUUAUAAUUUUAUGAUUGUUGAAUUUAAUAUUUCUGAGAUGAGAAUUUUUUUUGUUACCAAAAUUUACGCUACAAUUUUCGACAAGUUUUGUCGACAUUUCGAUAAAAUAAUCUUAUUGAUGAACUUAGUUUUACUUUAAAAAUAAUACAACAGAUGUUAUUUGUAAGAAUAAUAUAGUAUUAUAGUAUGUAGGUAAUUAUUUGAAUUUGGUUUAUUCGGAAUAAUAAUUUGAUCAAGAUAAAAAUAACUAUUCCAGUCAAAGGAUAUACGUGAAUAAAAAAAAAUGGGUACAAAUUUUCUCGAUCGAAUAUCAGUUUAUUAAGAAAGUGCCAAUGUCAUAAUCUAACAGUCAACUAAAUAGUUCGAUUACGAUAAAAUGUUUGGCAGGUUUACAUUAUGGUUGGUAAUGUUUCUUUCACACGCUUGUCCCAACUUUUGGGUCCAAAAUAUAGG